AAAUGUGUUUUAUGCUUUAACAGUCAUCGUUUCAUCCUUUUUUUUUAUUAUUAGUUUAAAAUACAAAUAUGCAACUCGUUUGGAAACGACUGCGCAUGUUCUGCUGUGUUCGUAGUGUGUAAAUCGGGCAACACAUUAUUCUUAUUUACACGAUCUUUUAGAUCGUUGUGUUCUUGAAUGAUUUAAAGUAAUCUGCUAAAGCUCUUGUUGUUUGGCAGCUCGUUUUAAAUAAAUGUAGGGUUUCCAAAUCCUUAAAUUGUGUCAAACACAGAUGAUGAGAUGAAAUGUUGUUUUGGAAGACAGUCAUUGUGUUUAAUCCAGAGUUCAUGUGAAUAAGAGCAUUAAUGCACACUCGAAACUGACAAUAUGAUCCCCAAAACCCUAAAGCUUGCAGUGAUGGCGUCGCGUCGCGCGCUGAAAGCGGUUCUAAUUGAUCUCAGUGGGACUCUUCAUAUCGAGGAUGCUGCAGUUCCUGGGGCGCAGGAGGCAUUGGCCCGAUUAAGACAGGCUCCAGUCACUGUAAAAUUUGUGACCAACACCACGAAGGAAUGUAAGAGGACCUUGUUUGAGCGACUGCGUCGGUUAAACUUUGACCUCCAGGAGCAGGAGAUCUUCACAUCACUCACUGCAGCCCGUAAUCUACUGGAGCAGAGAGCAGUGCGCCCCCUACUGCUGGUGGAGGAUAGCGCUCUAGAGGACUUCACAGGUUUGGAAACUUCAGAUCCUAAUGCUGUUGUGAUUGGAUUAGCACCUGACCACUUCAACUACCAGACACUCAAUAAAGCCUUCAGACUCAUUUUAGAUGGUGCCCCCCUCAUUGCCAUCCAUAAAGCACGAUACUAUAAAAGGAAGGACGGGUUGGCUUUGGGACCGGGUCCGUUUGUGACGGGUCUUGAGUACGCGACUGACACCCAGGCCACAGUGGUGGGUAAACCAGAGAAAGCCUUCUUCCUAGAGGCCUUACGAGACCUGAACUGCUCACCGGAAGAGGCUGUGAUGAUAGGAGACGAUGCCAGAGAUGAUGUUGGUGGGGCACAGAAUGCAGGAAUGCUGGGAAUUUUAGUGAAAACUGGUAAAUACAGACCUGGUGAUGAGGGUAAAAUUAACCCGCCACCUCACCUGAUGUGUGACAGCUUUCCAGAAGCUGUCAAUCAUAUACUUGAAAAUCUCUUAGGAUCUAAAUAACUGGACAAAUAUUGGCACUGUGUAGUUUGAUUAUUGUUUAACUGUCCCUUAUAAUGUCGCUGUAAUUCCUAUGCAUUUAUUCUGAUGUACUUAAAAGAAAUAAAACUAAAUCAAAACAUGAACUGUGAAAAAAA